GAAGUAUUCCCCGUCUUUGCUGUCACAUGUCCUUGGGUCCAGAAUCCUUCUUCACAAUUCCCUCCCUCUGUUUGCUGAGAUAGACAGGAAACGAAACCUACACUGGACGAUGUGGAUCUACUGAGUUAAAAUCUGUCUUCUUGGUUGAUCACGCAAACUCAGGUCCCUCUUCCCUGCUAUAAACGAUGGCUGCUCAGGCGACCGAAUCGGACCAAAUCAAACAGUUCAAGGAGUUCCUGGGAACGUACAACAAGCUGACGGAGAACUGCUUCAUGGACUGUGUGAAGGACUUCACCACCAGAGACGUGAAGCCUGAGGAGACCAGCUGUUCUGAGAGCUGCCUCCAGAAGUACCUGAAGAUGACCCAGAGGAUCUCGCUGCGCUUCCAGGAGUACCACAUCCAGCAGAACGAGGCGCUGGCAGCCAAGGCCGGCCUGCUGAUUCAGCCCCACUAGGGUUCCGAGCGGGGCCCCGCUGGGCUCAGCCCCCCCCCCCCUCCCCUCCAUCCACCAGGAGGACUCCGGCGCUGGUCUCGGGGGUCCGGCACCACUUCAGUUCCAUCACGUUCUCAUCUUGCCUGAGACCCCAGGAACUGUUCUGCCACAAGCUGUAGGAGCGCUCUGAAAGGAGAGCUGCCUAUUGGUUGAAGUCACUCUCCCUCCCCCCACGGGGUUUGGUGUCACCGGAGCAUUCAUUUCCUGUUUGUACAGGAAGCAGCGGAUCAUGUGACCAAGGCCUGGGACUUUUGUUUACGUUCAGGAUUAUUCUGUGUGUCUUUUGUUUAAAAUAAAUGUUACUUCAGUUAAA